AUGCUCCAAACCAUGUAUGUUCUGUGAGGGUAACUUGAAACCCCUUGACCCAAAUUACUGCACUCUUUUGUUAAUACAUCCGAUCUCGGCACUCAAGAAUUGCUGAGAAGGACACAACCUUUCAAUUUCACGUGUCAGGCAUUUUACAAACUUGGUUCCGUUCUACACAAGGAAUGACAAACAAAAGGAGAAAGAGAGGGGGGCCCGUCGGGGGGUUAAGAGGGGCAUACCUGAGAACGUAACACCCGCGCGCUGUGGGCCGAUGAGAGACCGACUAAUUAUGCAUACACAUUGCGUUGCCCGAGGCAGAUAACGUGGCGAGUAUCGAUCAGUAUUCACGUGAGUCUUCCUGCUUUCUUUUUGUUUUUGGCUAAUUUGUUUACACUCAGCUGGUAUUAUUUUCUUCAGAAUUUUUGUCUGGAAACUGGCAUGCUUAAUCUAAAAAUGAGUAAAAUUUCCUAUGUACAUGCCUCAAUUUCUACAUUUUUGACUAGAAAAUGACGAGUCAUUCGAUUUCAGGCAACGCGAUGGCAGUGAACCAAGUGUUCAAGAUACGUGCGUCAGAUGGACGCAUAUUUGUCGCCGAAAACUGGCUCAUCAACAAAUCCGACUGCCUUUCCGUGUUCUUUGCAUACAUUCCGGACUCCAUUCAUCCUCUUCACAUCGAAGUCCCCAGUCCCGUUCUCGAGAAGAUCAUCGAGUGGUGCGAACGUCAUCGCCACGACGACCCGGACCAGGAAUUUAUCUUAAUUCCCCAAUGGGAUGCUCAUUUCUUGCGACUUAACAAUGGAAUCCUGUUCAAUUUGAUUGAAGCAGCUUUCCGAAUGGGAAUUCAAGCACUGUUGGAUAUUGCCGUUAGAGCAGUGGCGAAUACGCUUGAACGGACUCAAAAUGAAGUGCGAAUAAUGCUCAGAGUCGGUGGAUUUGAAGAAGAAGCAAUAGAGGCGGAGGAGGAUGUAGAUGUUGUUGCAGCAGCUUGA